AAUAAAAAAAACCAAGAAAAACUAAAUAAAAUAAUUUAAAUAGUACAUUAAUUAAAGCUAUAAAAUAUACACUAAAGUAUUUGUGUUGUGAAUAACUAUAUGAAGAAAACAAUAAAAUUUAAUUAAAAAAAAUUAACGAAGAAAAAACAACCACCGUUUUUCCAAUCUGAGGCGGCGCAGAAGAUGAAUAUCUACUUCAUAAACGAGAAAAAAGUUGUACACAAAUUCAUACAAUAAAUAGAAAGAAAAGUUUCGGUUUUGUGGAAAUUUUAGUAUCGAUAAACAAGUCAAAUAGCUAAGAGUGGAAAAAUAACAAAAUAUUUGCAUUUAUAUUAAACCAAAAAAAAAGAAAUACACUAAAAUAAAUCUCAUAAUAUGGCUGAAGUACGCCGCAGAAAACCUGAAGAGGCUGGAGAUGAUGGUGACAAUUUGUCAGCAGGUGCCAAUACUGGACCCUCCGAUGCCGAAAAACGCAACUCCUCUGCUGCUGAAUCCUCAGAUCAUGUUGAUUCAGAAGAAGAAGGAAAAUUACCAGAAGAGAAAUUUGUUGAAGAAUUGUCCAAAACAUUACCACAGGGUACUGAUAAAACGCCAGAAAUAUUGGAUUCAGCACUAAAGGAUUUACCAGACAGAUGGAAAAAUUGGGUAAUACGUGGUAUUUUCACAUGGAUUAUGAUAUGUGGCUUUUGUUUAAUUAUCUAUGGUGGCCCAUUAGCUUUAAUGAUUACGACCUUGCUAGUGCAAGUGAAAUGUUUCCAGGAAAUUAUCUCAAUUGGUUAUCAGGUUUAUCGUAUACAUGGUUUGCCCUGGUUCCGUAGUUUAUCCUGGUAUUUCCUAUUGACAUCGAAUUACUUUUUCUAUGGUGAAAAUUUGGUCGAUUACUUUGGUGUCGCCAUAAAUCGUGUGGGAUAUCUAAAAUUUAUGGUCACUUACCAUCGUUUCCUUUCAUUCGCUUUGUAUUGCAUUGGUUUUGUAUGGUUUGUGUUGUCAUUGGUUAAAAAGUACUACAUGAAACAGUUCAGUCUUUUUGCUUGGACUCAUGUGUCUCUGUUGAUUGUGGUAACACAAAGUUAUUUGAUAAUUCAGAAUAUAUUUGAAGGUUUAAUAUGGUUCAUUGUGCCCGUCUCCAUGAUUGUUUGCAAUGAUGUCAUGGCCUACAUGUUCGGUUUCUUCUUUGGCAAGACACCACUCAUCAAGUUGAGCCCGAAAAAGACAUGGGAAGGUUUUAUAGGUGGUGGUUUUGCCACCGUUUUGUUUGGCAUUUUAUUCUCGUUAAUCUUGUGUAAUUAUCAAUAUUUCAUUUGUCCCAUUGUCUACUCAGAGGAAUUGGGUAGCAUGUCUAUGAGUUGUGAACCAGGUUAUUUAUUUACCGCCCAGGAUUAUAGUUUGAGUGUGUUUGGCAUUGGUAAAAGCAUUAAGGUGGUACCAUUUAUAUGGCAUUCAAUUGCUUUGAGUUUGUUCAGUUCCAUAAUUGGACCAUUUGGUGGUUUCUUUGCUUCUGGUUUUAAGAGAGCAUUUAAAAUUAAGGACUUUGGUGAUAUGAUUCCUGGACAUGGCGGUAUUAUGGAUCGUUUCGAUUGUCAAUUUUUAAUGGCCACAUUUGUUAAUGUUUACAUUUCUAGUUUCAUAAGAACUCCAUCGCCUUCCAAGUUAUUAACACAGAUUUACAACCUUAAACCCGAACAACAAUUGCAAAUCUUUCAAUCACUUAAAGAAUCACUUGGUGAUAUGUUAAAUUAAGAUAUUUUGAUGUGAACAACAGCAACUAAUAACAUCAAUAACUCCUCCUAAUACUAUAUCUCGUUCGUUCUUUAGAGUAAUCGACAACAAAAAGUUUUAUGUAUGAAUGCAAAGCGUUUUUUUUUAUAUAUAUUGUUUAUUUAAUCCUUUUUUUUUUUUUUGUUAUUUUUUACAAUUUGUUUCUGCUGCUAAUUGAUUUUGUGUGAAAUAAUAUUUAAAGUAAUUUUUAACUAAUAAUUAUAAUACUAUUAAUAGUAAUUUAAUACAAUUCUAGCCGAAGUUAGCUUUAGUUAAUUUUAAACAUAGUUCUUUUUUUAAUUUCACUGUUUUAGAUUUUAUUAUUAUUUUAAUUUUUUUUGUGUAUUACAAUUAUUAUUUUAUUGUAAUUCAUUAAAUAAAAGAAUUUACAUACAUUUUAUGUACCAAUCGAAAACAACAAACCCUGCAUCUACACUUGAGUAAAUGAGUAAUAAAUAUUUUUAAAAACAAGUCAAAGUAGUAAAAGAAAAAAGAAAAGAGAGACAUAUUUUUUUGUAAUGAAUUUUAAGCUAGAAUUUAUUUAUUAAAUAAAACGAAAAGAAAAACUCUUUUGAGUUUUGUAUCUUUUAAAGCAAGUAAAGUAAAAAUAUUCCAUUUAAUUUAACGAAAAAAAAAAUACUACAUUCAAAAUUUUGUUACAUAAACAAAAUGAAAAUAUAUCGAAACAAACAAGAAAUAACUUUAUUUAAGUUUAUUUAUAAUAAGUUUAAUAAGUAAUUAACAAACAAAAAAUUAUAUAGUCUGCUUGAAAUAAUAAAAAUUUUAAGGCUUUAUGUACCAAAAAAAAUAAACAACAUGAUUUAAAAUAUUAAAAAGGUUUUACUUAUCUUAUGUGUGGAAUUAUUUCUUAAUUACGAUUUCUUAACUUUUUUUUAUUAAAUGAAAACAUUUGUAAGCUUUUAAAGGAUUUGUAAAACCUUUCAAAUAUUUAACAGCCCUACUUUAUGAAAAAUAAAUAAAAUAUUUAAAUGUUAAAAUCAGCAAAUUGUUAUAAAAAUCAUGUCUAUGCACAACAACAAAAAUUAGCCAAAAUAUUAAAAAAUUGUAAACGAUUUUCGGUCCAUUUUUGUAAACCGAACGAAAAUAAAUAGUAUAAUUCAAAAGUUUCAGAUUAUAUUUCAGAAAUGGAAUGUAAACUUCCUAAAAAUUAACUUCUGAUACAUAUGUAUUUAUUAUUAGAAAUUUCUGAAAUACAAUUAAAAACUUUUGAAAUACAUAUAAUUUUUUCGAAAAUCUUUGAAAAAUAUUUUACAAACUGAAUGUUUUACUUAAAAAUUUGUUCGACGAAUUUUUGUUGUCACAAACAUUUAAGAGCCCAUCUAGACUGUGGCCGUAUUACUAAGUUUUGUUAGUGGUAUCUGACUCCAAUAGUAGUGGCGACUUUAAAUUGAACGGGCGUCUACAAUAAUAAACUGUUUUUAUGCCCUUCACCAUGAGUGUUAAGGGUAUAUUCCGUUUGUAGUUUCUACAUUUUUCAUUUGCGACCCAAUACAGAAUAUAUAUUAUGGAUCGUUAUAGAUAACUUACAUAUCAGCCCAAUUAUGAAUAAAAAAUUCGCUGGGAGUUUGUUUCCCUGUAGUUUUUUCGCAUUGAAUUUACAUAGGAAAAAUGGGAAAAGGGAGAAAACUCCCGGGGAAUUUUUAUUCAUAAUUGGGCUGAUAUGAUAUCAACUAAAGUCCUGGUUCGGUUGCUAUUUAAAUUCGGCAAAAUCGGCCCAGAAAUGGAUGAUAUAAGCAAAAAACCAUGAAUACCUCGAUUUUUGAUAUAAAUCUGCAUUAAUAAGUCAUUAACAUAGACAAUAUAAAUAUCUAAUGAUAGACAUUUCAACGAAGUCUAUAACGGACCGACGACAAUGGAUCAAAAUCGUGAAAAAUAUUUUUAUUUCCAAAAUAUUUUCAUUCACAAUUUUUUAAAAAAAAAAAAAAUUUCACUUAAAUUAUUUUUCACCAAAAAAGUAUAUAUUGGUAAAGGGCAUAUAAGAUUCGGCAUAGACGAAUAUAGCUCUCUAACUUGUUUCUGUUUGUCAGUUUGUGCUAAUUACUUCCGGUGUCGACAUCUGAUACCAAAAGUACUGUAGACUUUAAAUGUGCAGUAAGCCACUUUAUACACAGUUCCGUAGAAAUUAUUUGCACCGCCAAUUUCUACAGCGGCACCGGAUAAAGGUAGUAUCGGCUUUAAAUUGCUAUUGGAACGAUAUAGAAUUUGUUCAUAAUUUCGAACAGAAAUCAUGUUAUUUUGUUGCAUUCUAGAUGCUAUGCAAAUAAACAGUUCUUUCGGCACACUUUUAAUAUUUUCUUUAAAAUAACACACUUGAGCCAACCAAUUUUUAUCGCAGCAUCAACCCCAAAAUCAAUGCAAACUUUAAACUGGCUGUGAGCCGCUUUUGAUUUCAAUCUUAAAAUGGAUGCCGACCGCAAUAAAGUUGCGUUGUCAGUUUCCAAAAUGGUAUUACAAAUCGCAAUUGGCAGCUAUAAUUUUCUGUUGCCAAAUUGGCAAUCAGAAAUCGCAUUCGUAAUAAAAAAUAAAUUUCAAAUGCUUUUUAACUUUCGAGUAAAUUUUCAUACAUUUUAUUCGAAAUCGAAAGUAUUCGCUUUUAUAUGAAUCCGAGAAAUUGAAUCAGUUUUUUCUGUCAUGAACAUAAACCGCUUUGAUAUCGAAUAAAAUUGAUCGCAAGUUUCUUAUUUGACAUUACUUCAUUUUUUGAAACGAUAGAUCAUUCAAUCACAAAUGUGGUAAUUCGGACAGGCAAAAUUUUACGACGGUAUUGGCGGCUUUAACAUGGCAGUGAGCCACUGUAUUAAAACAUUAAAAAAAAAGAAUUUCGACUUGAAGUAAUUAAUUAAGAAAUUUUCGACCACAGUAGAAUUUGUUUAAUUUAAGAUUUUUAUUGUUGUGUAUAGAUAAAAUGGAAAAACCAGUAACUGGGGGGUUAUUAUGUAACUCCUUUCGAAAAGAAAUUCGUUCGAAUUUGUAUACUUUAUACAUAGUAUUUCGAAAGUGUUUCGAUUCGAAUCGAAUUACAUAAUAACCCCCCUGAUUCGAAGAUAAAAGUGUUCGAAUUUUUAAUGCCAAAUUCAUUGUAAUUUGAAAAUGGUUUCUUUUGUAACGUAUUACAGAGUAACACGCAAAAAGUAUGAAAAAUAUAUUAUGCAGUUUUAAAUAUAUAUUUUGUAUAAUUUUCCUUAAAUUUUGUGCAAUAUAAUAAUAUAUAAUUUUUUAAUAAAAAAAAAUUUAUAAUUUUUCAGAUCCUAAACAAAAUUAAUAAAUAUUUUUUAUACAAACAUAAUAACAACAAAAAAAUCCUAAAACUUAAAUGUAUUAAACAGAAGAAAAAAAAUAAUAACAAACGUGUAUUUAAAUAAUUAGCAGUUUUAUAAAAUGUUAUACUACAUAAAUAUUUAUUAUACGCAAAGAAGAAAAAAAAAACGGUGUCUAAAAGAUAAACUAAAUUGUCUCAAACACCUUAAUUGUUUUUAAAUCUAUAACAACCAUUUUACUAAAAAAAAUUAACUUUAAAACACAUACUUCUUCUCCUCCUUCACUAUACUAUUGUACUACACUACCCCCUAAAUCUACUAAAUGUGGUUUUACAAAUUAUAUCUCAUUAUUAGUCUAUAGUCUAUAAUGUUGAAAACGUAUAAAAAUUAAAUAAUAUAGAAUAAAAAGAACAAAUGAUUAACUAUUUAAUAUUACAAAUAAGUUUAGCAUAAUUUAUGAUUGAGAGAUUUGUAAUUGAAUUUAUAAAUUUGUUGAGAAUACAUUACAGAAACUUAGACGAACAAAGGAAAUGCAAUUUGAGUUUUUAACUAAUAUUAAAAAAAGGAUAUGAAGGAUAAAUUUAGAUAUGAAACGUAUGGUUAUAUUUUACGAGUACAUAUUCUUUUAAAAGACAAAGAAAUUGCAAAAUAAAGUGAACAAACAUUUUUGUGUAAUAUAAACGUAAUGAAAAGUAACGUCUAAAUAAAUUAUUUAAAUGUAAAAUAACAAAAUAAAUAAA